GUCCCCAUGGAGGUACCUGUACGUCGUCACGGGUGUGAUUACUAUAUUCUUUGGCAUUUUGUCCAUCAUCCAUAUCCAGAUAUUCCCGUCAAGGCGUGGUUUCUGAACGAUGAAGAGAAAAAGUAUGUGGUUGAGAGAAUCAGAGGCAACAGAACGGGAUUCGGUAACCAGCAUUUCAAGCUGGCUCAGCUUAAAGAGGCUGCAUCCGACAUCACCACCUAUCUGUUUUUCUUCUACAUGUUUGGAUCCGGUAUUCCUAACGGCUCUAUUGGAAACUUUAGCUCCAUCCUGUUGAGCACAGGGUUCGGCUUUUCGACCGAGCAGUCUCUGAGCAUGGUUGGAAGUGGAAUUGAUAUCAUUAUCCCGCUAGCGUUUGCCUAUGUCUGA